AAUUUAUUCAUGUAUCUGUGAUGUUACUCCUUGAAUAAUGAGAUCCAAGUAAACGGUAAACAUACAUACAUUAUGAAUAAGAACAUAUCAUCCCAUGGAAUCGUUUGAUGAAAUAAUGGAGAAACUUACAGAUAUAGAGUUGCGGGAUAUAGAUGUCACUGAGUCACGUCCAAGACAAAUAGGGGGUGAACAUCAUGUUGUAUAUCAGGAGAAUGACAUUGAGACCGCUUUAGGAACUAUACAUGUGGCUGUACAUGGAGACGUCACCAAACCUGCCAUCCUCACAUAUCAUGACAUUGGACUCAACCAUUUGACUAACUUCCAAAACUUCUUCAACUACUCUGAGAUGCGUCCCAUUCUGAAGUCAUUCUGCUUGUACCAUGUCAAUGCCCCUGGCCAACAGGAAGGAGCUGCUACUUUGGCUCAAGGUUUUAUUGUUGGCGAAGAUUCAGAGGGACUCCUGGAGAACCCAAGCAAUGAUACGACGGAUGAGAUUAAAGAGGGCUAUAGCAUUGAUCUUUCAAAAAACAGUGGGAGCCUCCAUUUCCCGAACAUGGACCAAUUGGCAGCACAGCUUCUUCCCGUAUUACAGUUUUAUAAUCUGAAGAGGAUCAUGGGAUUUGGAAUGGGCGCUGGUGCCAACAUCUUGUCCAGAUUUGCAUUACAACACCCUGAGCGUGUAGAUGCUCUCUUCCUUAUCAACUGUACAGCUUCAGCGCCUGGGUGGACAGAGUGGGGAUAUCAGAAGGUUAAUGCCUGGUACCUUCGCAGUGGUCACAUGACAGCUUUCACAGAGGACUACCUACUCUGGCACUGGUUUGGAUCUACGACAAAGAACAGGAACCAAGAUCUGAUGAAAGUCUACAAGGAUUACAUUAAACAGAUCAAUCCCACCAAUCUAGCAGCAUUCAUUGAGGCAUACAUGAGACGUACAGAUCUUGGUAUACAGCGUGACUUGACUCACAAGCACUCAGAAGUCAAACAGUUCAAAUGUAACGUAAUGUUGAUCACCGGGGACUACUCGGGACACUUAGAUGACAUGGUUAAUAUGAAUGGAAGGCUUGAUCCCACUAACUCUACUUGGAUGAAGCUGGCUGACUGUGGAGGUAUGAUCUUGGAAGAGAACCCAGAGAAAGUGUGUGAAGCAUUCAGACUUUUCCUGCAGGGAAUGGGAUAUGUACCAACAUUAAGCCAGACAGCCAUUGUUGCAUCAAAGAGCCAAGCAAGCCGCACACAAUUUAUGACGCAGGAACAACGUUUCACUCCCCAGAUGGCGUAGUCAGCUAAAAUACACAUCGUCAAACCUCACAGGAUACAAUUUGCAAACCAAAUCCAGGAUUCUAUAAUGAAAGACAAAUCCAAUAUUUUGAGGUAUUUUUAAAACCAAAAAAUGAAAAAAAUAUUUAGCAGUAAAGCAGAUAAAGCAAAGUUAAUAGUAAGAUAAACAAUAUAGUUUGGAAUUUAUUGAUGAAAGAAGUAGAGUGCAUAUUAAGCAUAAUACAGGUUAAAGCUCCUUUUUUGCAAAAAAGUUAGAAUAGACCCUUCCCA